UCUGUGCUUGCCUACAUGGCAACAUUUUUAACAUGGCCGCAUGUUGAACGAAACGAUUUUCUUUACUGUUUGCCAAAAAUAAAUAAUACUGCUGUAAAUUGUGUGCGGACACAUGUUGAACGCCUAGCUGGGGAACAAAUUAGUACGAGGGACAAAAUACCGUAUUUGACGAAGAUGAUGCAUCACCCGAACAUGCAUCACCAGCCGAUGUCGGGGCACCCUCCGCAGCACAUGGGCGGGCACCAGGGCAUGCCCGGCCAUCACCAGAUGCAGCCGCACCAGUUACACAGAGAGAACAGGCACGUAACGCUAACUAGGGUGCCGCUGGGCCCGUCGGGCGGCGGCAUGGGCGCGCACGGGCAGCUGGGCAUGGGCGCCAUGCUGCCGCAGCACCACGCGCCCGCGCAGCGCCCCCCGCACCCCAUCCGCGCCAUGCCGCACCAUCCGCAGCAGCACCACUCUAUGCCCCCGCAACCAAUGAAACAGAUGCGCCGCGGGUACGGCGUGGGCUACGGGCCGGCGGGCGUCGUGCCGGCCUACGCGCACCCGCCGCCGCAGCCGCCCGCGCCGCUCCCCGUCCCCGCAGCGACACCAGCCGUGACCGGCGAGCCGGCGCCGACGGCGGUGGAGCCGGCGGAAGAGUGCGCGGAGCCGGCGGAGCAGGCGCGCGCGGCGGGCGGCGAGGCGCGCGCGCCGCCCGCCGCGGCCAACAGUAAAGAGAAGACCCCCAUGUGCCUGGUCAACGAGCUGGCCAGGUACAACAAGAUUAAGCACCAAUACCGCCUCACAUCAGAAACGGGACCGGCUCACAAAAAAGUAUUCACAGUAACACUCCGACUGGGUGAUACUGAAGAAUACACCGCUGAGGGUUCUUCGAUAAAACGAGCACAACAUUCAGCGGCCAGCGCGGCGCUGUCGGCCACGCACUUCCCGCCGCCGCCGCCGCGAGCGCCGCCCGCGCACACGCCCAUGCCGCACCACCGACACUCGGGUGCAGUAAUGCCGACAGUGGAGCUAAACGCGCUCGCCAUGAAGCUGUGCCAGCCGGCCAUCUACACGUCGAUCCCGGCCGUGGCGGCGCCGGUGCGCGCGCGCAGCCGCCCGCCCGCCUACCGAGUGCCGCCCUUCGUGCCCAACGUGUACCAGCGCAUGCUCAGCCCCGGCCUCGUCUACCGAGUGCGGGUCACCGUGGGAGACAGGGCGUGGCUGGGGUCGGGCGCCACGCCGCAGGGCGCGCGGCACGACGCGGCGGCGCGCGCGCUGCACGACCUGCGCGCGCCCGCGGCGCCCGACUCGCCCACCGCCGCCGCCGCCGCCACGCCGCCCGCGCAGACCAACGCGUCAGAUAUCAUGAACUCUGAAGUAAAGUCUCCGGUGUCGUUAGUACAUGAACUAGCCCUGAAACGAAAUCUCACAGUUCAGUUCACAGUGAAGUCUGAACGAGGCCCACCACAUAUGAGGGUAUUCAUCACGGUGUGUACGGUGGGGGAGAUGGAGACGGAAGGCGAAGGCAACGGCAAGAAGGUGUCGAAGCGUCGCGCGGCCGAGCGCAUGCUGGAGGAGAUGCGGCGCCGCUGGCCGCCCGCGCUGCUGCGCGCGCGCACGCACGAGCGCCGCCGCCCGCCGCCCGCCAAGAAGAAGCCCAGGAACCUCAUCAAGGAAGGCGGCGGCUGCGCGGCGGAGGCGGGCGGGGGCGGGGGCGCGGACAACCCCAUCUCGCUGCUGGCGCAGGCGCGGCACGCGGCGCGCGCGCGCAGCCCGCAGUACCGCGUGCUGGAGGAGCGCGGCGCCGCGCGCCGCAGGGAGUUCCUGGUGCAGUGCGACGCGCCGCCGCACCAGGCCACCGGCCUAGGGCCCAACAAAAAGACGGCCAAGCGCCGCGCCGCGCACAACGUUCUGCUAGCGAUGGAAAUGAACGGCGGGGCCGAGGGCGGGGCGAAUGCGACGCUAACAGACGCGAAUACGAACGGUGCCCCUGAUGCGAGUUGUACGAAUGGCGAUGCCAAACUAAAAGAGUCCCCGGGAGCUGGCGACGCGCGGCAGCCGGUGCCGGGCGUGCUGCUCAUGGACUACCGCACUCCACAACCCACUAAUGGUGUGAGUGAAACGGGUGCCACAGGUGCGAGCAACAGCAGUCCGGGCGCGAAGGAGCAGCUCAUGUAUCUGUCGCAGCUACUUGGCUUUACUGUGCAGUUUUCCGACUUCCCCAAGCGCAACCACGGCGAGUACCUGUCCCUGGUGUCCCUGUCGACGGAGCCGCCGGUGAUGUGCCACGGCGGCGGGCCCUCCACGCAGCACUCGCACGAGCAGUGCGCGCGCGCCGCUCUGCGCGCGCUCGCGCUCAUGGGGCUCGACGCGCCGCCGCAGCCCGCGAGCAGCAGCCUGCCCGGCAGCAAGCCUGCGCUCAGCAACGGCGUGGCCGAGUGAGGCCGCGUGCGACCACACUCAACCCGACUAGUUCGUGUUCUCCUCUCGAUUAUUUGCAAUAUUGUCGUGAAUAUUUCACAGCGCGAAAUAAAAAGUUCGGGACGAAUUCUGCGGUAUAUAAAAUAUAUUAAUCACAUAUUUCUAGCUAUGAUAUAUUCACAAUGACUUUUUCUUUGAUCUCGGGUCUUGCAACAGGCUAGUUUUCUGAAACGAAAUCGCGUUUUCUUAUUAUUUUAGUUUUACUUUGUAUAUUUUUGUUACGGUCCCAGGAGGGCUAUUUUAAGUUUAAUUGUUCUCGAACGCCUACGAACCGCCGCUCACAAACUAGCCGUACAAUUUUAUAUACCGUUCGUUUAUGUUAUACAUUUUGUUAUCGACCACUGUUCCGUUUACACGGCUGCGCGUCUCGAUGUUAUAUUGAUAGUUUCAAUUGAUUCAUAAUUAUAUACCCGCCACAUACUUAUAUAAAUUGGGUUAUAAAAUAUAGUUGAUUUAUACUAGGUAGUAAUCAAGACAUAAAAUAUUAAUAAAAUUACGUAGGAACGAAUAUUGUAACGAAACUGAGGCUGUGGAGCCAAACCAAAAGUAGGUUCGGGAGCGUUUGCGGCGAGGCCGCCACGAGUAGUGUAGUGCGGCCCCGCCCCGCUCCUGGCGCUAACGUUGCAUCAUGCGGCCAUGGUGUCUCCUUAGUUGUAGCAGUCGUAAUCGCCGCAGUCCUCCGCCGACGAGUGCGGCGAUUAAACUUGUGGCCUCGAUUUUAAACCACUCUAGUGAGUGAGCGUUUCAAGUCUCCCGCGACCCUAAGCUAUGAAAUGUGUAAUUCUAGAUGUAAGAAUCACUCCGCGUGAGCGACCGUAUCGGUAGCCACCGACCGUACCGACUUAGGCUAAGGUUGAAGGUUGCUGUAAUUUUAGGCUCUGUAACCUAUAUCUAACGCAUGUACCCGUAUUUAGCGUAGUGUUUGAGUAAUCGCAUUCAUAGCAUGAUUGUUCUUUCUAGGUGUAAAAAUAUAAUAAGUGUGAAUACAAUUGAUCGGUGAUUGUGACGUUGAUUUGUUUGUUUUGACGUGACGCCCGCCGGGAGUAGGGACCGAUCAGUUGUAUCGUAUGGCUUGUACCGAUUGUACAUUUCAUUGUAUUGGGUCUGACGACGGCUGUAUGGUGUCGCGGAUGCUCGGCUUACACGCCCGCGGCGGUUGAAUAGUUUUACACUGAGUAAAACACGACAACCCGCUGUAGACCGACUGCGAGCCGCGACCGAGUAACUUCUAUUCACAUUCUUCUACUUUACUUAUCGAAUAUAAGUAUAUUUAUAUACAAACGAUUUUAAAUCGAGGCCAUUCAAAUGAUUUCUUCAUGUAGAAAGUUGCACAAGUGACUAAACAUUAAGAAAUUAUUAUUUGACAAAGAAAAAUGCCACAAGGGCUUUAAGAAGUGUUUUUAUUUAUUUUGUUCUAAGGAACUUAUAUUUAUAUUAUUUGAGUGGAGCCAGUCCCAACUGAACUUCGUGCUGUUAGCAACUUAACAAUACAUAUAAGUAUUCAACAAUAAAAGUUAUAAAACUUUAA